GCUCGUGUUUUCCAAUGUUAAGUGAAAGGAAAUAUGUGUCCUGAGAGAAACACGCAGGGCAACAAAACUCCCUUCAUCGACCUCGUGAACCCGGAAGUGGCUGUCGCGGUCAAACGACAGGUUUUUUUUUUAUUGUUUUCAUUCAUUAAGUGGUAAUACGUAAAGAUAAGUCAUCAAACAAGUGUACUGAACAAAGACGGAGUGAAUUUUGUGGAACAGAAAUGUUUUACCAUAUUUCUUUGGAGCAUGAAAUAUUGCUACACCCGAGGUAUUUUGGUCCAAACCUCCUGAACACCGUGAAGCAGAAGCUCUUCACAGAAGUGGAGGGUACCUGCACUGGCAAGUAUGGUUUUGUCAUUGCAGUCACCACCAUUGAUAACAUUGGGGCAGGUGUAAUCCAACCGGGCAGAGGGUUUGUCCUGUAUCCAGUCAAGUACAAGGCUAUUGUGUUUCGCCCAUUUAAAGGGGAAGUGGUGGACGCUGUAGUGACUCAAGUUAACAAGGUUGGAUUGUUCACAGAAAUUGGUCCCAUGUCUUGCUUCAUCUCUCGCCAUUCCAUCCCCUCAGAAAUGGAGUUUGACCCCAACUCAAAUCCUCCUUGUUAUAAGACAGUUGAUGAGGACAUUGUAAUCCAGCAAGAUGAUGAGAUCCGGCUAAAGAUUGUGGGAACAAGAGUGGACAAGAAUGACAUUUUUGCCAUUGGAUCCCUCAUGGAUGAUUAUCUGGGUCUUGUAAGCUGAUUUGGCUCAGAGGGAGCACAUUUCACAUGGGACAGUUUUGUAGUCGCCUUGAAUUUUUUUGUUCAAAUUAAUAUUUUUCUACACUGAUACAGUUUGGUCACAGAUGGUAAAACCCUGUAGCUACUUAAUUUUAUCACUAUGUUGAACAGGCUACAUCUGAUAUGUUUUAUUGAGACUGAUGUAAAAUUCAAAGAAAAUGCCACCAAGAGAAUGCUUGUUAAAAUGAAAGCAAGGUGAUUUACAUUACAAAAAUAGCCAGCAUAAUUAAAAGUUUCUUUCAUAUAGAAUUCCAUUUCAAUGAUGUAUUGUUUCUUUUUGUAUGUCAACCAUAAUAAAAUAUUUUAUUUGUUCUUA